AUGAUGCCUGAUGAAUAUCUCUCGAGGCUCGUUAUUGACACUUCGCGAUCCCUUGCCAAACGGUUAAAUAUCAACUGUGUCAUAAACUCAAUUUUGGAUGUUAAUAUCAGUCUUUUUGAACAGUUUCUCUCGUUGCUGGAUUCCGAAACGUCUAAAAGUAUGCAUCUAAAUUAAUUUGAAAAACACCAUCCGCCUUCCAGAUGAAUCUGAUGAUUUGGAGGCAAGAUACCAGUUUAUUUUGGAUUGGCUUUCAUCUGAAUUGGAGUCUGAAAUAUCUCAUAUCAGUGCGACAUCACUGGCCAACUUUGACCCCCUCCAUCUGAAGAAUUUGCUGGAAAUAUUCUCCUUGCUACUUGAAGAGAACAUUUCGGGAGAUGCAACGCUGUCUUACAAAGUACCAGAGCCGAGGUGAAUUUGUAUUUUUUGUAGAUUCGUCCGUUUUAUUCAUUUUUCUUAAUAAGUCUUCUCGUGCCAUCAAAUAUGCUGUUAUUUUGUCAUAUCGUGCCGUCUGUUUAUUGCAGGUUAACCUCUCUCUCCGCUAAAUCCGAUGACGUUUCCGGUGAAAAUGGACCUGAUGAAAUUGCGGCGGUGAAUUGUUCGGCCGUCUCAUGUCCCCUGUCGAUUGUGGGAUUAAAUUUGGAAAGUCGCCUAGAGUACCUGCAAAGUAAACUUGCCCAGAUGUUUCCGCCUGAAGACUGCUCCUUGUGGCAUAAUCAGCAGAAAAUCUCCAAUCGGUUAGAUCGAACACCCCCAAAACGUCUCUUUGAUUCAGCGAGUGACUCCCAAACUGUGAGCCAUUGCCUUCUUUUAUCCCACAUUUCUCUGUAAGUAGGUAGCAUACACACCCUGGUAGUUCACUUGUGUGCUUUUUUGUUUCCUUCAGAUAAGUCUUUGCAGACACGCAGUGCAUUCUUGAAUACCAUCCGUCUAAGCAGCUUUCAGGGCCGGAACUCUGACAUGACAGCCACUGUCCUGGUGACAUGCGGGAAUUCUUCUUGCUUAGGCAGAAGUGGUCAAGCUUGCUUGCAUGCCUUUAUUGUAUUUUCCGGGUCUUUGCAUCAUAGAAUCGUAUUGCCAAGAUGCCAUCGCUUGUACGUCCUUGAUCCCUUGCUGAGAAGGGUGCUGCCACAUUUCCAACCAGAAUGGCGAGCCACCGAAGGCCCGAUUGGUCUCAGAGGUCCGGCUGCAACUUUUUAACCGAUUAUACUGUUUUUUAGAUAGCAUCUUAUAGUUACAUAGGUUUGUCCUCAGCUUUAAAGCGAAUUUUACCGUCAUUUUACAUGGGUUUGUUACAUUCUGAAAACGACGUUGGUUGACACAUUGCUCAUGUCUUUUCCAUAGCAAUGGCUAGGAUGAAGUUUGCACAUCUGGGAACAAAAUGUCCACUUUCUGCUCCCUCUCCACCUAAGUUGUGUCGGCAUGGGCACCGACUUUGGUCGCUUCCGUCUUACCCUGCGCGUCCAACGUUGAGUUUCUCGUUGGUUCGGUAGUUUGGUCACUUUCCAGACCUCUCCUUACAUUAUAUAUUCAUCAGCAUGACGGGGGUCAUCAGACUUAGGAAACGGCACAAAAACCCUUCUCUGCCCCUCUCUUGUCGCUCCCGGAAUCCAUUUUUAUUCUUGAAGAGUCCUUGGAGGUGUGCAUUCAUGCAAACAUAUGCAACGCGUAUAAAUACUUUUUUCCAGUACUGGAAAGAAGGUUAAUUGGCAGUUGUCACAGGCGGUAGUCCCCAUUUCGUUUGUAUGGGUAGGGAGUGAUGACAUUCCUGAAAUAUUUCAUUAUUUGCCCGUUUCUUCGCGUCUCCCGAAACAAGGCCAUUCUGAUAAAAAGCUGAUGGCCACCGAGUAUGUGGACUUUUGCCGGAAGCAUUCUAACUAUAUUCCUUAAGUCAUGUGGUUAGUACUGUCUUACAGAUCUCGUCAGCAGACAUUUCCAGUCCGUUUUUUUCCUAUGUUUAACUGUGUUAGUAGAAUGCCUAUUAGUAUAUUCUGCUGUCUUAGAUUAUUUGUUUAAUUUAUUGUGAUUAUAUUCUAUUCUAACGAUAAAAACGCCUGCAUCUGUCUUUGUUUGAUACAGCUGAACACAGUUUUCUGGAAGCGACAGAAGUUGUUUUGUUGGUAACUGCAUACUGCCGAAUUCCCCUGGAUGCAUCCGCUCUAACUCUUGUGAAUGACGUUGCCUCCUUUCUUAGCCUGGUUUGUUGGAAUUGUCAAAUGGAAAUUCAGAAAUAAGAUUCUUUCUCGUCGAGUUCUUUGCUAUUCCAUCCAUCCAUCGUCCAUCUCUCCAAGGUCACGAAACUUCUGAACGUCGUUUGUUUUGCAGACGAGUGUCAAACGUUUGACAGUAUCCACAGCCCGAUAUAUCGUUUGUUGGGCCGUUGAUCAUACAUACACAUAGUAUGUGGGCAAUGGAAGCCAACUGUUGUGGUUGAAUGACGAUGUCCGCCAGGCUGCGAAUAUCUAUUCCGUUCUCUACUGUAUUUGUCAAUAUUAGUUUUGCAUUAUUGAUUGUUGUUGUGUUGCCGCUCGCGAUUGCUGUAGACUAACACCCCAGAGUGGACGAAACGGGCAUGUUUCAUCUUGCAGUUAGAUCGGUUAAGCGCCAUCCUUGAAACAAUUUUUGUUUCCUAUACUCGCGUAGUUACCGCGGACAAUUACACAUUUUCGUUUUCAGGAGUCAGUGACCCAGUCGCCCCCGAGCACUGCUGCCCCCGUCCCGGUCCCAGCACCACGUUGCAAACUAUCCGCAGCACCUGCAUCCCGCUCCAUCCUCAAACCCGUUGAGGUACCGCUCUCACACGUUGUAGCGCCGAUCUCCUUCCGCUGGUCAGACCCCCAACCGCGCUAUACCAGGCGACGUAAUGGCGUGGCUCUCUUGGAGGAUCUGCUUAGGGAGCUGCCCGGCAUCACACUAAGCCGAGAGACGCAGAAUUAUCUACAGAAGCGAUUAGGUAAAUCAAUUUUCGAAAAUGGAAAAGCACUCUAGCAGAAGGGGCUCUAGCCACCAAACCUCAUAUGCGCAUGUACAUUUUCCACAACUGACGCAUAGCUAUUUCACCAUUCUCGCUUGUAUUGCAAACGCAGUACUUGAUUGUUGACUGGGCUCUCUGAUAACGUCCUCAUCUAGUAAAGACGAAUGCGCUUAGUAUCUCCGCGCGACCAAAUACCCCGCUUUUCGAAGGAGUCGUCUAAUUUAACUCACUAGUCCUUCGAGGGACAAUGGGGAAAUAUUUUCUAGCUGUGUAAUGGUUUCGUGUUUAAUAAACUUUUUGUAGGCAAAUGUUUGGUGAUUAUAGGGAGCCUGCCCCCUAAAUUUCAGUGUUGUAACUGCCGUUUACUAGGUCUGAUAACUGGAGUUAAGUUUUCAUGAAUUUUUCUGCCUACUCUCGGGUAAAAGAAGAGCAAUAAAGAGGAAAGACAGGCAGAGAAUGGUGCUGUUGUCUACUACCGCGCAAAUCGGGAUCGAACAUCGUAAGUCGUUGCGACACAAUACCCUUGAAUGUCUAGUGUUGAUCUUCUCAGCAUCAUUGGCCUUUGGCUCUUUGCUUCGGCUGGUCCAGUUUAAGGGGCUUUUUUGCGAUUUCUGAGCGCGAACGUAGGUAUCUUUGUCCGCCACUCUGACACUAAUUUGAGGUCCCAGGAUAGUAUUUCUGAUUGUGUUGCUGUCGAAAGUGUUCCUUUUUUAUUAUUGUUGUUAAAGCGAAUAUGAUGAUAACAGUGGUUUUUUUCCCGCUCUUGGCUCCUCGCACUCCCGCCCGGGAACCAGAAAGCUUUUAUAGUUCAAAUGAUUCCUCCCGCUCGACAAAAGACUCUGCUGCUACUUCGGGCGACAUGGGCAUGACAUCGGCCUUAGCCCGUAGUCUCAGUGAACUUGAGUUGAAACAGCGCGAACGAUUGACUCUAAUACAUCGUCAGGAGGAGAGGACGACAAGAUUACAUGCUAGUCGUAAUCAGGAGGACUUCUGUCGACAACUGAGAGCGGAGAUGCGGGAACGCAAGCGUCAGGAGGUGCGUGCACGUUGCUAUCAACGGCAGUUUGUGGAUCACUUCCGGGCCCAGAAGCUCGCCCAAAAAGCAGAUGAGGAACUGGUAGGUCACCAUUUAAAUGCGCGUAACUUAUGUCAACUCACCUUUGAAUCGAGUGGAUUGUUAGCCGUACCCCUCUCUUACCUAUCAGACAGUAUUCUACUACCGCCAUUGAUGAUUUUAGUGGUGGUCAUGGUCGUGGGGAUUGCCAUUGCACGUGGUCAUCAUGUUCUGCAUCAAUCAUUUUUUUAGCAGUUUGCCGUUCCUUUGAAAUUCAUCUCAAGUUAUUGUUUCUUUUGUUGGACUCAAUGACUGUGUUUAUUUUUGACCUGAAAGUAUGACUAGUAACUGGUGUUCUCUAUGUCGACGAUGCUUUGAUAUGUAGCCUUUGCUUCGGAGGUAGGUCUAUUAACCUGUUCUUACUGGGAUUAUUUCCACUCAGUAUGGCCGUGACCAGACCUAACCGGUCUCGAUGGAGUCGCCGACUGUACCGAUCUCUGGCAACGAUUUGGCGAACUCUAUCCACUCUUCACCGACGCAGUCCGAAUACCAAAGGUUCAAAAAUCACUUCUUUGCCUCGACAGACUAUGUCGAGCCAGAUUUUAAGUUGAACUUAUCUUCGACGAUUACACGCGGGUAUCAGCGUCACACUGAUGCCAGUGGCAUCGAGGAGUGGGUAAUGAGAAAUGUGCCCAAACUACCACAGUCGUCUCUCCAUGGGACUUCCAUCAACAUUUUACUGAUGAAAACGGGGCUGUGGCAUGGGUGAGGGAGUGCGGUCGUCGGCUUCACUAUUACCGAUUAUCAUCGUCAGCAAGCACCCACCUAGGAUGCUGAAUGUUUUUCCCUUUUUGUCUGAGAUUCUGACCUUAACUCCUGCACUACCAAAGCCUGUCAGUUGGCCUUUACCAGCAAGAAUUAUUUGUCAAUAAAUUUGCAUACUUUUCGGAAAAACGAUACACUCUGCGUUUGGGCCUGACGGCGUACUUUUUCAUUAUUGUCUUGACUGCAGCUCUUCCGGCGUAUUUUUGAAAAGGCUCUGGAAAUCGAGAGACAGCACCGUUUGGAGGAACGCAAAGUUGCGAGAGAGAUUCGCGAAAAGGAGACCCGUCUUCAGAAGUCCAUCUUGGACGAUCUGCAAUAUGCGUAUCCUUUUUUCCUACUCUGUCGACUUAUUGUUCGAUGCUGUCUGACAAACACCCUCUCCCCUCAACUGCAUUGCAAAUUUUCUUUUAAGUCCCAGUAUAUUAGAAGUCUCUUUCUGAAGCGGUGUCUGUUGGGUUCUACUCACCAAGGCCUGAUUUUGGCAACGGCCGAAGUAGCUUAAUGAUCUGUGGAUGGUCAUCUAUCCACAGUCUGUCGCCUUUUACGGAAGAACUUUCGGAAAAAAUUUCUCUCUUGGUCAAAUGCGUUUCUCUCAAUGCAUUUAUAACAGAAUGCUGCAAAACUCUAUGGAUGCAGCGUUUGUGCAUGCAUUGCUGUUCAAGCCUUCAAUUGCGCGCAUUACUUAAAUGUGCGCUCUAAUGUCUUUUCAUUUAGAGCCGAGUACUGCGAAAUAGGCUCGUUGUUUCUCUUCCCAUGUCACCAAGACCUUGACCGGGAAGCUUAAAUUUCCAGUUUCAUUGACCGGAACGUCCCACUUCGACGUUCUUUAUUGGGGGAGCUGGGUGCUAGACUCUAUGCCACGCUCCACCGGCGGAUAUCUUAGCAGUAUCCAUGACUGUUGACAGUGCUGAGUAACUCCCCUUGCCUGUAGCAGUGGUGGAUGGAUGUUUCCAAAUACCAAAUGCAGUCCCCGAGACCUACUGACGUACAGAAUUUCUUGCCUAAAUUAUUCCGAAUUUUGAAAAAGUAGUGUCGAACACCGGAACACUUUGUUUAUUGUCCUGACCUUUCAGACUCGUGCAGAAGUCCAUCGUCAGAGGUAGUAGCAGCAGAACAAGCAACAGUUAUAGGGCAUGUAGGCCAGUCAUCGACCGACGGCGCAAGAUUGGAGAUGAUUACGCAGGGCUCUGUACGCCGGCGCCAGACCGAUAAAUCGAUUGACUGAGUUCUCAUUCGAGGCCGAGGCUUCAAACAAUUCUCGGCCUGUUUUGUUUCCGGCGUGCGCGACUAUUUUGGUGGCCGCGAAGUCAAACUCGUGACACAUUUCAUAGGUGUGGACGGCCACUUGUGAUAAUGCGUCGCCUCGUCACACAGGCAGCUUAUGUUCGUGUAUGCGCGAUCCAAGCAUGUGCCCAAUCUGCCCUGUGUAGUUACAAGGACACGAAAUGCUAUACAAUACUCCAGAUUGCUCUUCAGGCAUUAACCAGUUUCUAAUUUUCAUGACCCUGUUGCGCAUGGUGGCUUUGGGGCAGUGCGCAAUUCGAACACCUAGCUCCGCAGCAAUGCACUCGGUCGCUUCUGAAACGCCCUUUAUGUAUGGCAGAGAAUGUCAUAUCGUCCGUGGUGUUGGCGUUCGAGUCCUCUGGAGGCGACCGCGUAGGCAGCGACUUAUGAAGGCUCAGGGCAAUAAACGAAGUGUUCCGGUGCUCGACCCCUCUUCUUCACUUAUGCAUACACCUGGAACUCGCAAUUUCGCCUUCAUUCUGAAUUUUAUUUUGUCUCGAAAGUUCCUUCCUACUUAGCUGUAAGCGACCGUGUCCAUGGGAACCCCGUCAAGAGUGGUGUUAUCUAAUUCUUUCCUCUUCUCUAGUUCAUUGUAAGGACAGCGAAAGCGAUUUUUAACCUCGAGAAUGCCGUGUUGCGCGCAGUCUUAUACCCAAUCUUUUGUUUAGCAGGCAGACUUGAUCUCCUAGGUGUGAAACCCAACCUAACCACAGAAGAUAUAUCGGCAGUGUCCAUCAAGCCUAACAAGACUUCUAUCAUCCCAUUCGGGUUGGUAAAUUAAAGUAUCUGGGCCUCACUCCGGGCUCUCAGCUGUUAAUAAUCAUGAUAAUUGAGGAUUUAAACUUCGCACCCUUGACACACUUCAUCCAGACACACCGAAAGGAUACGAAUACUGCGGGAGGAAGACCGUAAUCUCCAGCAGAGGAUUCUCCACGAAGAAAAGGAGAACAAGUUGGCAAGUUGA